UAGGCAAAGGUUCAGUUUUCUGCCACCACUCUGUCGAGUCUACAAUCGUAGAUUCGUAGUGUUAGCGUUUAGAUAAUCUGUCACUUUCCACUUUUCCAUUAAGUUCUUAACUUUAUCGCGAAUAAAAUGGUAGACUACAGCAAAUGGAAAAAUAUCGAGAUAUCUGACGAUGAGGAUGAUACACAUCCUAACGUUGACACGCCUUCUCUGUUCAAAUGGCGACACGAAGCUAGAUUAGAAAAAAUGAAGGAAAUGGAACAAGAAAAAGCUCUGUUUCUCAAAGCAAAAAAUGAGAACACUGCCAAACUAAAAGAAGUUAAAAGUAAGUAUGAACAGGUGAUGAAAGAAGGUAUUGAUGUGACAGAUUUGAAAAAGCAAUUGAGUGAAUUAGAAUCGAAAAAAAUUGAACUCGAAGAUCAUGAAGAACAAAUGAAAAAAAAGGAAAAGUUGAUGCCAUGGAAUGUAGAUACAAUUAGUCAACCUGGAUUUUCAAAAACUGUGGUCAAUGUUGACCAACCCAAAAAAGUGAAAGAGCUCACUGAAGAGGAGAAAGAAAUCAAAACACGUGAAUUUUUCAAGAAACAUGAGAAAAAUCUUAAGGCAUAUGGAAUGCUACAAAAGUAUGAUGAUAGUAAGCGUUUCCUUCAAGAAAAUCCAGAGCUGGUUUGUGAAGAAACAGCAAACUAUCUCGUGAUUUGGUGUAUUAAUUUAGAAAUGGAAGAGAAAACAAGUUUAAUGGAACAUGUUGCCCAUCAGUGCAUUUGCAUGCAAUUCAUUCUUGAAUUAUCCAGGCACCUUAACAGAGAUCCAAGAUCAUGUGUGUCUUCAUUCUUUUCAAGAAUUCAAAUCGCAGAUGUUGAGUAUCGUAAAGGAUUUGAAGACGAACUUGUAGCUUUCAAAGACCGUAUACAACGGCGGGCGAAAGAGAAAAUAGAAGCUGCAAUUGCCGAAGCUGAGGAGGAAGAAAAGAAAAAACGACUUGGUCCUGGAGGGUUGGAUCCCGUUGAAGUAUUUGAAAGUUUACCGGAGGUUCUUAAGGAUUGUUUUGAAAAACAAAACAUUGAGCUUCUUCAACAAGCAAUUUCAACACUACCUGAAGAAGAAGCACGGUUUCAUAUGAAAAGAUGUGUUGACUCCGGAUUGUGGGUACCCGACGGAAAUGUUGCUGGAAAUAUUGCAGAAAAUGUUGCAGAAAAUUAAAAUACUAGUUUGGAUUAUUAUAUUCAUUAAUAAUGAAUUAAUACACUGGGGCUUUUGAA